AAAUUAUUUGAAGAAUAUUUUAUCGAAAUCUUAUUUAUGGAAAAUCAAAUUAUUUAGAGAGUCUUAGGAAAGUUAUUAAUUUCUAGUAAUCGACGAAACUAAUUUACAUAAGAUCUUGUUGAAAUGUAUUAUUUUUUAUACUUAUAUUUUUAUCUUUCACACAUUGAUAGAGAAACAUUCGAAAAAUGUAGCAAUUUGUGAACGAAGACAGUGCAUUAAGAUCGUUUACAACUUUACAAUAGAAAUUAUACAUACAUACAUAGUUAAAAAUACAAAUAGUCAGUUUAAAUUAUAAAAUUACUUUAUUUCAAUAUUCAAAAUACGGAUAAAUUGUUAAUGAAUAUAGUAGAACAUUUUUUAUUUAUUAUAUUGGUUUACAUAUAGUUUUGAUUUUUGAUUAUUCAUCUCUGCGUCGACAUCGAGAAAUGCAGAACGAGGGACUUGGGAUGUAUGAUACGUGCGAGGAAGCAGCGAAUUUUUAUUGUCAACUUUCGUAUCGUGUAACAUUGCGCAGAGAGCUCGUUGAAGGACCAGGAUAGAAGGUUGUUGGAUGUGUACGCGCGCGGUCACGGCUAUACAAAUGGUUGGGGGUUAGUGUGCGUGGGUUUAGUUUCGCGCAGGUGGGGGAAGUGGGGGAGACUGGCGUAUUCUAUGGGCGGGGCCUCUGCCAGCUGGCAGAUGUUUCCCGCGCGGCCGCACCAUUCCUCUAGCGUAAACCUACGCAACGUGAAAGUAGUCCCUUCUAAAGCAAUAAAUAUUUCUAACAAUAGCUCACCAAGCAGACAGCUAACCACGCCAGUGAUUCGACGUAUGGCAGUAGAUAAUCUGCAUGCAACUACCUGCGGAAAACCGUAAAAACUUGGUGCGAAACUGAAGAUGAGCUGAUGUGCGAUUGGUCCAAAGAGAGUCAUUGUUCAGGGCAGAGUAUCAUGUAGCGUUCACCCUAACCGCGUACACUAAACUUGUCAUGAGUGCCUCGAAAACGCUUCUCCAACGUUCGACGCUGUGAAUCACGUCUAUGUUGCUGUGCUUCGUGGAAACAUAAACUAGAUUGAGACAACAAACCACCGUGUGAUUAUAUUUUCGUUUCUGCAUAUCGUUUCUACAGUGCGCGAGUGUUAUUUGCCUCAAGUUUCAUGACAAAGUUUAGCAUGUGCCACGUGAUGAUUCGGUGUACAUGGACGGAAUGAUUUGCUUCGUGACAAGAUUCGUGAGAUGAUUUAUUUGAAAUGUAGUAUUAGUUUAUGCAACAUCGGACAUUACUUAUCGUAAUUUUCGAUACAUUAAACGAACAUAUAUAAUUAAUCAAGAGUGUUGUCGUGUAAACGCGAUAAAAAUAAUUGGUGUUAAAAAAUAAAGGAUUUCUAGGGUAUAUAAGAUUUGAGAAAAAAUUUGUAGUAGAAAGUGGCAGAUGUCCAAAGGGGCGUCGGAUGAACCAUAGGUGUUGACGGCACUGAAGCCGGCGGCGGAGUGAUUCGCGGCACUCUGUGGGGGCCCUCAGCUGUUUCCCGCCAAAGAUCGCCAUUACAAAACGCGUUCGGGCGUUGUGUGUGCGCCGCGCGGAGUGGCUGUCCCGUGGACAAAUCUCGGUGCGUGCCACCGCGGUCUAAAAAGUUAAUUAACGAGUUCCGUGGAGGAUUUGCGUCACGUUUGCGUGAAGUGUGCGCGUCGAUUUUUUUCGAGUGGAGUGCUGCGAAAGAGAGAGAAGCCCGUCGUCUUUUCGCUGCCGUGACGACGGCUGCUGGGACGGUGCGGGAUCGCGCGGCGGGAUUCUCAGUGCUGCGGACCAACGAGAUAUGUCAGUGUUUGGUGGCGAGGAUCGUAUUCUGCUCGAGGAAAUUGUCGAAACCACCGAGGAACAGGAAACCAAUUUGUGCGGCAUUGGAACAAUAGAGGAGGGCUCGGUGACCACGAGCGUGACGGUCGCCGAGGUCGCUGAUUCGCAGGAGCAACAGCAACAGCAAUCGAAAAGCAACGGCGCAGUAUCUCGCCGUGUUGCUGGUCAGAACGUUGCGUUGAGCAACGGAAAUAGUACCAGCAACGUCGGCCGCGUUACACCGCGAAGCCAUAUGGAGCAGGAGAAGCGUAUGCGGCGAGAAAUCGCCAACAGCAAUGAACGACGUCGGAUGCAAAGUAUUAACGCCGGUUUCCAAUCUCUAAGGACGUUGUUGCCACAUCAUGAGGGCGAGAAACUUUCUAAGGCUGCGAUACUUCAGCAGACUGCCGAAUACAUAUACCAGCUGGAGCAAGAGAAAACCCAACUGCUGUCACAGAACUGUCAAUUAAAGCGACUGGUGAAUCAACACGAGGGUGGUGAUGUUCCGAUCAAGAAACGCAAACCGGACAAUCAAGGAGGUGUCGUGGUUAGUCUACCAAUGCACGUUAGCGAAAGCGGUGACGAAGGAUUGGGCAGCAUGUCCCCAGAACCAUUGUCGGUAAUAACGGUGACCACAGAGGGACAUUCUGUGGUCAACAGUGAGGUGGUAGAACUCAGACGACAGUUGGAAAGGGAACGUCACGCGAGGUUGCAUCUAGAGAAGCAGAUGAGAGCUAUACAGAGUCAACUAUACCCGGAAAGAUUCAGGGAUAAUCAACUGAUCACCUAUCAGCCUCACGAGGUGAUUGAACAUACGGACAACGUGAUCGCUCAAGAGACAGAGGAAGCGGUAGCGGCACUGCAGGUAGUUUCCGUGGUGUCCUUGGCACCGGUUGGCACGACGCAGACCGUGGACACGUCUAGUCCGGAUCCAAGUUCACCACCUCUGUCUCCACAACCCGCCGAUAUGGUACCAGAAGAGAUCAAGGAGGAAGAGACUGGACCAGGUUCGCCGAAGAUUGUAACGUUUGGUCAGAACCAGGUGUUCUCCGCAAUUGACGAACAGACAACCGGUGACUCUUUUUCCUCGUCGAGUCGUGUCACGUACGCCACGACUACGGGGGAGUUUAAAAACGCGUCACCUCAAUAUAUCACCACCAGCCCCAGCAGGCCUUUCUCACCGACCGCGGAGCCGCAACGACUACCAAGCGUCCUCGAGGCUGCUAUGAAAGCGGAACCGAAAGUAGAAGUUGAGAGGUUGCCGUCGCCUUCGAACUCUCUAGACGACAGUUCCCCUCAGGCGAGGCUUUAUUUAGCGAACACCUCCAGACAGAAUCUGGAAACGAUCGUGGAGGCGAUACGUCACCUAGAGGGGGACCAUCUCUUCAGCGACGAACCAGCGCAGGACAUGCCGCUGGCGUUAACCAACAAACAAACGGCGAACACGUCGAGCAAAUCAUCUACUACGCCAGGUGCGUCGCCGACGGCGAAGCAGCGGCUACUACAGGCCGAGUUCCUCCAGUUCCACAGACAGCAACAGGCCCAGCAGCGACCGGGCGUGAUCGUAGUGAAGCAUUCGUGAUCAAAAGGCGCGUCGCGAUCAGCAAACUGAACGCGCGCGUUCGCCACGGCGAACUCGCCUCCGCUCGAGAUUAAUGGACGGUCGAAAACCCGCGACGCAUCGAGACAUCAAGAGACGCAUCCUUCGAAAAGUGUGUACACAGAAACACAUACGUUAAGUAACCAACCGAGAGAAUAAAGAAGAAGAAGAAAGAAGGAUGUUUCUGCGACACAGUCUACGCUCGAGUCGGAGGCUCCGUUUCCUCGAAGACGCUCGGGACGCCUCCUUGCGUUUGCUGUUGUAACCGCCGACCGACCAUUGUAUCGGUGUUGCUCUGUCGGCGUUUUCGUAUGUUCCUACUGCCUGUCGUCCGCCGUCGUUUCGAGCACAGAUCUGUCCCCAGUGUCCAUCGAGAUUCAAACCUGUUGCUGUUUACGUUCGAGGGAUUAGAUAAUCGUUUAUUGGUUAAUAAGUAUCGACAGAUCCAACGAGAAAGCUAUCUAACCACAUAAUUUCUAUCGAUGGAGUUUGAGGUUAUGAAAAUCUCGAAACGAGGGUGGGGCCAAAAAGUCGAAGCUCGACGAAAGGAUCCUCGCCACCGAGUCGUCGAAAUGUUUCCCUCGUCCUAACCUCACUUUUCAUCGCCCACUCCAAUCAUUAUUAUCCUUUCGCUAGUUCUUGUAAAUACCACCGAUAUAUUUUCCUCUUAAUUAGGUUCUCCAUCGUGUCCCAUUUCCGUUUUAUUUUUUUUAUUUUCUUUCUUUGUAAUAAGAACACGAUGGUGAACCCAAGCGUUUCCCUCAUUCCCAAGAAAGAUUCUUCCCUGUCCUGCUGUCAUCCUCAAUAACACUCGUAAUAGGGUUGAAUCGUUAGUCUUUUCCCAACAUUCAUCCCCUUCAUCACUUCGCGAAUCGAGACAGCGAAGCGGGCGUUUCUCUCCUCGUGUGUUAACGAGACAGGAUUUUUCAUUUUCUUUUUUCUUGUUUUUUUUUCCAUAGACUUAAGGCGACAUGCUACCACAAUAAUAAUUAUUCCUAGGUCGUAAGGCUGCGUAUGCUGUAUGUCGUACCGAUAUAUACAUAUGUACACACGAUAUAUACGUAUAUACAUGAGACAAUGUAACGAGUACGAUCCCCUUCCGCGAAAUGUGUAUAUACAUAUAUGUAUAUGUAUGUGUGUAUACGUAUAUAUGUAUAUAGAUAUAUAUAAUGGAUAUAUAUACACACACACACACAAACAUACACACAUUUGCGUUUUCUUUUUUACAUUGUUACGAGAAUUCAAAGAAAAAAGGAAAAAAAAGGAGCAUUCUAUAUAUAUAUACAUAUAAAAGAUACUUAUAGGAAGCGGAUACACUCUCGACGACGCCGUACAUUCUUUUUUCUUUUCUUUUUCUCUGUUUCUUGUUUUUCUCUUUAUGUUUCUGUUUUUUUUACGAUGUUCAUAUGGACUUAGUACCAUAUUGUUCGAGUGAUAGUUCGAUCAACAGGGUCGAUCACACACAUUGUACGCAUACUACACGUAUAUAUGUGUAUAUAUAUACGUAUAUGUAUAUUACACAUACACGCCGCAUGCUUAAUAUUUGACACACAUUAAGAUGCACCUAAGCGAAAGAGCCAUAAAAAGAAAAGUACCGAUUGUUUCCAUGAACCAAUUUAGGAAGAGAAAACAAAAAAACGGCAGAGCGAAAGACAUAGUUAUCCAGUCGAAGAGUGAUCUCGUCGCACGAGAGAGCACACGCGAGCAAGAAAUUCCGUUUAAUCUGUGCCAAAUAUCGAGUAACCAGACUUUUUGUUCCUUCGUAGAUAGUAGUAGUGCCAGCGACGAAAAACAGAAAAUUGGUAGACCUGGCGUUCGAACCAAAAUGGCGGCGAUCAGCCGCUGAAACGAUGAUCGUUCACUCCCUUCUCGCAAAUCGUGUCUGGCAUGCAUAUUACGACACUCGAGCUCGCGAGGCAGACUUUUUCUACCGUGUGUACACUUUUUUAAUAUUCACUUGUUCCCCUAACCUCAAUCGCGAGACGAAAAUUCGAAAAACCAAAAAAACAUAUAAUAAAAAAAUAACAAAAAAAAUAUAUAUAUAUAUACUGAAACGCAGAAGGCUGAAACACUGGGAGCAAUCACCAUCAACACUGCUUCGGUGAUCCUCGCAACAACACUUUCCCCCCCCCCAACCAUUUUUGUACGUCGAACGAAGCACGAUGUUUUUAGGUUAAGAAACUUGAGAGAAGCGAGCCAUGAUUUCUUCGUGCCUUUUGAAGGGAAGAACGAUCUAUUCGAUUGGAUCGAACGCGAUUUAAAUAUCGACCAAUCAAAUAUUGUAGAACUUUGUUUAUCUGAAAGCUGAAAUUAUUCAUGAAGGAAAUAAUGUGCAUAUAUAACAAGAGUCUAUUACUAUACAUGACCCUAUGACAAAGCCAUAUUGAUCAUCUGUAUAAAUUGAAAAGUAGAGAAGAGUGACGAUGUUGCAGACACUAUUUUUUAAUCUUACUUUAGAAUUUAUUAUUAUUUUUGUUAUCUCUUUGCAAUAAAUGAUCUUGUGAAAGUAAGUCAUUUGUUUAUUGAGAAUUGAAUAUUAAUCAUGUAGUCACGCAAUGAAACUGAGAAAUUGACAAAAGUGGUGCUGAUCAAUUUGGCUUAUGAGGCGCUUAAUAAAAGUUCAUAUUCAGGAUUCUCUUGCACAAUAAUUUAGCAUAAAUAUUAAUAAAACUAAUAAAUUGACAAAUUAUGAAUUUUAUGUGUUAGACUUCUCUUUUAUAGACACAUGUUAAAAAGGAUAAGCAAAUGACUUGUGAUUUGUAAAAGUUCAUUUAUUUUAUUAUCAAAAGAACUUAUUAAUACUGAUAAUUUGUAACUUAUGAUUAGUAAAAUGUCACUGAUAAUACUAAUUUCAUUGUGCAAGAGGAAUCAAAUAAUCAGUUAACAAAAUUUCGUUUCAAUAAAUGAAGUUCUACUAUAUAAACAGACACACAUACAUUCGUUUGAGUUAAACGCGUCUCUCUCUCUCUCUCUCUCUCUCUCUCUUUCUCUCUUUCUCUCUCGUUUUACGUUGCAUCUUUUUUUUCUUAACCCUAGAAAAAUAAACACGGACUGAAUUACCGACAUAACGCAUGCGUCUAGUUAUUUUUUUCUAUGUCUCUUUUCUUUCCAGAUCGAAACAGUGGAUCCUUUCGAUCGCCAUUCGAUAUACCGACACACGGUUUAGUUUUCCAUGCGAUGAAGAUACGAGAGAGUGUGUAUGUAUUGAGUUUUGAGCGAAUAUGUAGUAUGCCUAUCAUCGAGAGGGAUUUCAUUGUUAGAUAUACAUACACUUGUGUUUGUAAGUACGUAAGCAAAAGGCAGACGCAGAAAGAAUUAUGAGAUAAACGAAGAUGAAACACUGGCGUAAAAAUUAAGAACUUUAGUUAACGUUUAGCAGCUAGAGAGUACGUAGGAAUUGUUAGCAGCGAGUACACAAUGAAGAUACAACCAUGUUAUUAAUAUUGUCUAUCGGUAUGAUAAAUGUGAACGCUAAUCCGUAAUUGUACUGUGUGUAUAUACUAUUAUAGCGAUGUUACGUAGGUUAUACACGUGAUUAUCUAAGGCCGACGUUAAAAAGCUUGCAAUGGAGAAGAAGCAUAACGAAAGAGAGAAGAAGAAAGAAAAUGGAAGAGAGUUUCAGUUUCUCGUACCUGACGCGACAACUUUUUCUAUCACGCGUUCAUCGUUUUUCUACGAUUUUCAACGCCGCUAUUUCCACGUUUUUCACACUUCGUUCGCCACGAAAACAUUUCGUGUCGCGACAGGUACGAAGAGACCAUUUAUAUAAAGAUAGGGUUAACCUUUAAAAUUCCACGAUGAAAGUGUAACUAAUGGAACUUUGAUAUAUCGUACCUUCGAGGAAUUAAGAUAAACCUUGUUCAAGGGUAAUGUACAAAAAUCUCGCGGUCGAUGUUCGCGCGAGGACGCACGAGGGCCUAAGAAGUCGAGAUACGAGUUUUCUUCGAUCAUUUACGUCUUUUCUUUCCUUUCCUAAUUUUUCUUUUUUCUAUGACGUGGAUAAAGAUAAUUCGACGAUUUCUCCGGUAAAUUUCAUCAAUCGUUUUUUCGAGAGUGAUUUUAUACGAUUGUAAUGGCGUGUAUGCGCGCGAUCGAUCUCCCCUCUUUCGGCUCUGAAUGCGUGAUCACGCGUACGCGACACUUUUCGUUUUCUCGUGUUUCUUGCUACUCGAUAACGUGCGUUUUGAUAAUUUAAUCAAAUCACGAAUAAAAUAUAAACAUGAAUAUUACAGAUCUGCAAGGAAAUUAAAUUGUCAGCGUUUAUCUUGUCAAUAAUAUUUUUUUAAGUUUUAAUAAAUCAGUGUUAUUUAAACGAUACUUCACACUUUCUUUUAUUAGAAUAUUUUCUUCUCUAUCAACACUCACUUAAUGAUGUCUCUUCGAAAUAAUAAUUUGCAAGCGAAUUAUUUGGAAAAGACAGCCACUAAUUUUUGUGAAAUUGAGGUUUGCGAAAACUCCCUCGAAAUGAUAAUUAUUGAAAGGAUAUUGUAUCUUGUAGCAAGGAACACUUGUAAUUUAAAUAUUCGAGCGCUUCCAUAGAUUAUGGAAAAGCUUGUACAAUGUAUACGAGAAUGUUGCGCGCAUACAUUGCGUCUAAAUGUAAGAAAGAAGCAGUGACGAAUCUAGAGUACACGCGAGAAAACUACAUACGCUAUGCAUACGCAUUUACACAGCUUACUUUGCGAGCAUUUAGGGGAAAAAGCCUUAACCUUCCUAAGGCUUCGUGCGAUUCGAUCAAAUCUCGUUUUCUCUCGAGCCAUACUUGUUCGAAUGUUAUUAAAAAUCUAAGAAUUUGAGAGAGAAUGUACUUGUUAUAUCUUUGGCGAACAAACGCAGGCCUGAUUUAAUUUUAUUUCGUUUAUGACGAAACGAAGUUCUUAGGAAUGAUAAGAGCCACGGUGAAGAGUACGGUGAUAAGUAGACUGCGGACUUUUAUGGGAAUCUAUGGUUUUAUAAACACCACUAAAGAAAUAGAAUUCACUUGAUCAAUGAACUUCAUUGGUAGAGAUUUGUUUUAUGUAUUGAAUUAUUGAUAUGUAUUUUAUAUAUUUUUGCAUAUAUUAUAUGCAUUCUGUGCAUUUUUAUCUUUUGCAUAAAUGCAUAGAAAUCCGCGGUCGCAUGAUAAACAAAAGUAUUGGCAUAGAUCAGGUUAUUUUGUAAACUUUUAUGUUGGUUUGUAAAAGACAUGGUUCUUUGUUUAUUUUUUUGUAAAAUAUAAGGAGCAGAAGUUGCAAAGUUAUGAUAUUUAAUUUUGCCAUAUUAAUUGUACCCAUUAAGGAAAAAGCAACGAAAUAAAGUUGCAAGAAUGCAAUAUUAUUGGAAGAUACAAAUAUAGUAAUUUAUUGUUUCAUGAAGAUAAAAGAUACGUAUUACAAUAAUAAAUACUAUAUGUGUGUAUACUAUAUAUAUAUAUAUGUAUAGUAUGUAUGUAUAAGAAAAAUUAGAGUAAAAACAGAUCGUUAUAUAUUUUUCAUUAUUUGCGAAGUAAUUUCGAUACAGUUUCUUAACAAUAGCGAUGAAAAUAUAUUACAAACAAAAUUGAAUAAGCAAUCGUACGUUUUGCAGGUUUGCACAGGAUUAUUAACAUCUGGUCUGUGCCAAUAUUUUUAUUCAUUACUGUAUAUACAGACUAUAACUUGAUGAGUUGGUGUAUGGGUGGGUCUAUCAUGCGUUUCUUCCCUGUAAUAUAUUUCUCGUAAAGUCGAUUCGCGACAGAAAAACGCGUUGACGUGUAUUUUGCCCAGUGUUUGACAAAAAGCGCUUUGAGGAAAAUCAGAUUUCGAUUAUUAUAUCCAUUCUAUGCUAUUAAAUAAUUAUAAAAUAAAACAUUAACGAUUCCAAUAUUUAGUUAUACUUCUUUGUUUGAAAGGAAUUACUUAUAAUUAUAAAGCCUAUGUAUUAUGAAAAUAGUACUCUUUUAUCCAUUUAAAUUUCGAUAUACAAUGUACACGUAGCUAUAGGAAUUUGUGAUCCGACUAAACUUUGCAAACCCGCAAAAAUGUUAGAGAAAAAAUUUUUAACUUUGUUACUAUCAACAGUGAUUAAUGUAUUUUUUAUUUUUCCUUUUUGGAAUACACGUCAACGUCCUCGGAUAAUUACGUUUAAAUGUGUUAUCGAUUUACAGCUUUUAAUAAUUGAUGAAACAAAUACUCGGAAACAAAGGAAAUUCCUCCAAUUUUUACCAUAAAUGUUUUUUAAUCUACCAUUUACACCGCAUACAAAUUGAAGAUCUAACAAAAAAGAUAAACUAUAUAACAAUGCAAGAACAAAUAAAGAAUGCAGAAAAAUAUAGAAGAGAUGACGGACUUUUGAAUGGCAUUUCAUUGAACCUGUUUUUAUACAUUGCUGCAUUUCUUCACUCAAACGAAGAAACGAUUUAAAACGAUAUACACACGUAGACAGGAAGAUAGAGAAGAGAAUAUAGAAACAUUUAAAACGCCACUUUAGAAUUCAAUAAUUCUCCCGGUAAAAAAGAAGAAAAUAAAUAAUAUAAAUUAUACAUAUAAAUUUACGAAACAAUGGAUGCUAUAUCUUCAUUAUACUUUAACAUUACUUAGUUAAAAGAAUCUUAAUAAGAAAAAAUUAGAGGUAAAAUACGAAGAGUCAUCAUAAUAGUUUAAUUACUAUUAAAAAGAAAAGAAAAAAACAGGAAGAAAGAGCAAGAGAAACGAAGACGAAGAAUAAAAUAAGAGAAAAAGAAAGAAGAAGUAGCGAAGAAAAGCAAAAGAAGCGACAAAGAAGAAAAAGAAUCCUUUUAACAUUUAGGCGAGCGUGGCUGUGCGAGCGAUUAUGAAUUAAUUAGAGGAAGUUUAACGUUAAGGCUAAUUUCGAUUUGUACUUUUUUUGCGGCAAAUGGCGACUGAAAGCUGUUCCUUGAUCGUCCACUGCGAAUACAAAAUGGACGAUUAACUGUCUCCUGGGAAUAAAGAAAGCAAACGUUUCUUUUUAUAUUCUUCGUCGUAACUAAUAUAUAUUAGAAUUUUAAUUGAUAAAAAAUACACUAGUCAAUUGAUAUGCAUGAUUAAUCUAUUUGAUCUUAACGUAACUUUUGUCUGUCACUUUGAUUACAAAUGUCUCAUUUAAAGAAAUUCGAGUUUCUAUUGAAGUUUUAAACGAGGACGAGGGAUAUUAAAUCGAUUCGUGUGCUCUUGAGUGUUCUCAUCUCUCGAAUAAGUAAAUGACGUUGAUAAUGAGACUGAAAAUAGCUCGAGAGAACGGAGUGCCUCUGAUAAAUCGAUCGAGCAUCGUAAUUAUUUUUCUAUCACACUUUCGGUCGCCACGGGCCCAAAAUCGAGGAGAAGAAAUAAGCACUGUGCAUAUUAUAAAUCCUAGAAUGUUAAAAUGGCGGCCACAACGUAUUGCGUGUGUAAGGUUAAUAAAAAGAUGUAUGUGAAUAGCGUUAAAGAUUGCGAAUUUGUUGAGAAAGGAGCGUUAGGAAUAUAGGAGAGAAUAGUGUGCAUGAGAGUUGAAGUACACUUAGUGGAACAGCGAAUAAACAAGAUGAAUAAGCAUUAGGUUCAAAGGAAUUCUCGUUUUUUGAGAAUAGACCUGAAUAACAGAAUUUAGAGGUAAAUUCUUCGAGAUGACAUUCGUUUAAGGUGAGAGAGAAAACGGCGGUUUGAUUGUUUUCUUUUUCUUUUCUUUUCUUUUCUUUUCCCCGUGUUUAACGUGCUUUUAUUUGUAGGAAAGUCAGAAUGUUUCUUUCUUGAAUUUUACGAAGACAAACGAAAAAAACGAAACAACAAGGGAAAAUACAGUUCUUUUUCCUCUUCUUAUAGAGUUAAGAUUCAAAUUAAAGACUGUAUAAGACUUUAUACAGAUGCGGUUUUUCGAACAGCGUUCGGCAAUAUUCGUGCAUUUGAUCGGCCGAUAAAUCAAAAUUAAUUUUGAUCCUCUGUUAAAUUAGACCUAAACACAUAGUACUAUAGUAGCUUGGACAUAUCUAGAGUCUCUAAAAAAUAAUUUCUUUUCUCAAUAAAUUAGUGUUAAUAAAAAUCAAUAAAUUUUUUCGUAUCAGUGGCAAAGAAACACGUUUUUAUCAAUGUGGAACUUAAAACAGAACAAUUAAUAAAGACAGGAACGUGAAAAGAAAAAACAGAGGGAAGAAUUGAUGGAACAAUUUUAUUGACUUUGAGAUCGAUGAAAACCAUGUACCUAAUUAGUUCGAAGCGCCGUCCAAUUAAUCGUUCAAAUAGAAACGAGAAGAAUGGGUGGAAGAUUACAAGCUUUCGCGAAGGGAACAUUGUAACAGUAUUAGUAUUUUUUUCUCUGUUCUUUACGAUUAUUUCACGAUUGUAAAUUGAAAAAGGACAUGGAAUAAAAGAAUUCGAUUUAAAUGGCGGUGAUACCUCGAUUAUGUAGCGAUCUGACAAAUUGGCGUCUAUUUUUUUUUCGUAAGUUUCGAACGUUGAAGAAUGUCUAGUCGUUAGGAGCUAAUAAUCUGUUUUAUUCGCUUAGAAGAAAAUCAAGAAGAAAUCCAUUGUGAUCGAGGUUUCAUCGUUUAAUUUUCGGCAGGCCCUCGAACAUCGACUUAUUGUUGAAACGAAACGAAAGAAAGAUUAUAUAUUGGACAACAAAACAGAAAACAAUGAAAGGAAAGAAGAAAAUGUUCCUCAAGUUCAAGCUACGUUCGCUUCGUGCGUCUGCAUUCCCUCGUAGAAAGAACAAAUUGAAGAAACGAAAAUAGAGAUGAAACAAAUUAGACGAAAACAGAUAUGAAUCACGGAAGAAACAAGAGAAAGCCGAAAAAGAAAAUGAGGAACGUCGCAACGCGCCGUAAAUUCCGUCUAUAUAAAUACAUGAAAUGAAACAUUGAGAACAAAAGUGAACUGGCUCGAUAAACCAAGCAAUUCUAAAUAACCUAACAAUAAUCGUUAUUAAAAUAGUGGUAGGCAUAAAAUAUGCGUUGCAUCGACGAUUUCAUUAUUUGGUUUUCAUUUGGAACAAAUGAAUUCCUAAAUGAAUUAAUGUCAUAAGCGACACAUUAUGGAAUAUUAAAAAGUUCGCAAUGAAAAGUUCGUUCAUCAAACAUUGAAUAGUCUACGAUAUUCAGAAGAAUGCGAAAUCCACUUUUGUUUUCAAUGUUUCGAACAAAAACAGACUGCCAUUGAUUCGAAUGUACUCGUUUUGUAAUCAAUUCGUAUAAAGAGAAGAAACAAACUGUGUACGACGGAAAGAGAGAGAACAAUGAAUGAGUGUCCGAGAACGCGUGAAACCGUUCCAAUAAUUAAUAUUCACAUUUACUCUCACUUGCAAAUUCACUUAAAUAACAUUUUCAAAAUAUUCCCACAUUUAACUCCAACUUUACUUUCUCUUCCUUCUUUUUUAUACAAUAUUUUCAUUUCAACUCAUCGACACGAUAGAGAUUGUAAUUUUCUUGCAUUUCUUUUUUCUUUGAUAUCGUGGUGCGUAACUUAUUAAUCGUCGAAAUUUCAGGGGGAGCUUGUAAAAAUAAAUCAUUGUUCCGAGCGACGAACUCUAAUUUAUCAUAGAUUUAUAUAGAACUAUACUUUUAAAAGCUGCGAUUUAUAAAUUAUAAAUAUAUUAGAGAGAAAACGAUGUUUCUAACGGACGAUUUUUUUGUUCCGUUUUGUUUUGUUUGCAAUCGGCUCUUGUUUUGGAGAAGAUUCUGCGAUUUCUUCUAGUUAUAGGAAGAUUUUUAUCGAUGUAAUUUUGUUGAUUAAAUUAUCGAAACAUUGGAUGGACGAACGUUUAAACGAGAGAUCGCACAGCGGAGAGAAUACUGUUCGUUCUACCUUCUUUUUAUUCUUUCCUUUUUGUAAUCUAGACCGUAAUUCUUAAUUUUAUUCUAGAAUUCGUAAGGUUUAUUUUGUAAUUGAUCACGAGAAAGAAUGUUCUUGGUUUUUAUUUAUUUCUUUCGAUACUUCUGUUAAAUGUGUUUCUUCUUUUAUCAAAUGUUCACGUAAGAGGAAAAAAUGAGAAAAAAUAAAUUCGCAAUGGUACAGCGCUAUUUUUUUCUAAACUUUCUUCCUUCUUAAUUUUUGAAUGAGAACAUUCAAUAAGAUAUUGGAUUUCACGUACUAACAGUCAAACAAUGCGAUAUUGAGUUAACCAAAUCCGAGAUAAAAAAUAGAAUUGUGAAAUAAUGAAGUAACAUUAUCAACAUUUAAAUAUUUCUUCAAUCUUAAUACAUCUUUAAGUUUAUUAUCCAUAUUCAAAUAUUCAUCAUUUACACAGCGACUUUCAUUUAAAAUUUGUCGGACAGCAAUUGUUAAAAUGCAUCAAGAAGACGACUUUGUUUCGUGUAAAAGAUCGAAAACUUCAAAUUUACAGUAUUCUUAUCCAUGUGUGGGUUAAGAAAGUGUCGAUUUCUGUGGGAUAAUAAAUAAAUUCUUUCGUAAAUUCCACUAAACUAAAAACAAAAAAAAAAAAAAAAGAAAAACAAGAAAAACGAAAAAAAUGUGGAAAGAGGUGAAGAGUGUGCGUGCGUGUAUGCUCGGAGAUUUAAUUACCACGUUCGAUGAUCGAUAAAACGCUAUCUAAUUUACACAGGGCAUUUAGUGCCAACGACCGUUACGAAUAAGCAGUUACGAAUAAUAAACCGUAAUUUGAUAAUAAUUAAUCGUGUCGUUUUAAGAAUAGAGAGAAUGGAUCUAGUGAAUUUUUACAAGAAACGCCGGACUCUGCGCAUAUCUAGAAAGACUGUCGUUUUGAUCAUCCUGAAAGAGAAUAAAAAUCAUGAAGAUCAACCGAAAAAGAUAAUUAAAAUGGAAUCUCAACUUGUUAUCUGUAAUUUGCUGAGGACAACUUUUUGUACAUUUUACAGAGUUUUUGAUAGCUUGUAAGACGGAUAAACGUGAAUGUUCUACCUUACGCAUGCAAACACGACGAAUUUUUAUUCGAUAUGAAAAUAUUCUAAAAUUUGUCCAAUGGUUUUUAUUCUUGACAAACAGGAAUGAAAAAUAUAUAUAUGAUGAUGACUAACUUGGCCCUGCAUUAGCCCGGUGUAGUGAAAAAUAUUUUUUACAAAUAUCAUUAAAUUUACUUUUUCAAAUAAUUCCUAAUACAGAUUUAAUAUCUAAUACAAAAUUAAUGAAUUAUUUUAUAAAAUCAUUUUAAAUGAAAUUAUACACGCGUCUUUUCUUAUUCUCUAUUAUAGGAAUAUUAUCUUAUUAAUAAAAAUAUCAAAUUUUUUAUUUUAAUGAAAAUAUGAAAAUAGUACGAAAAUAUAUUAAUUAAACGUUUAAUUAAAAUAUUGUAAAAACACGGGUUAACGCGGGUCUAAAAUAAUCUUUUCUACGAGUUUCUUAAAGUCAUACACAAUUCACCGCCCUAGUUUUAAAUUGCACAUAACAAAUGUAUCUCUGGUGACAAUGUUAAGUGCCUAAUAUCGCAGCUCGCACUCGAUGCGACAAGAACGUCACGUUCACGUGUAUUUCUGGCAAUGUAUUAAGUUGUCCCGAAAGAUUUUUUCGUUUUAUAAGGAAAUAAUAGACGCACAACAUUUUUUUCUUUUAUAUUAUUUUAAUGAAUUAUGUAUGAUCCAUUUUGUCCUAUUAUUUGCAUAUAAAACGAAAGAAACUUUUAAGACAACCUAAUAUUACAUCAAAUCCACCAAUUUCGAUGUAUAUAUAUUUUAACAAGUUCCAAACAAGUCUCUUUGAGGGAAGAUACAAGAUAUACUAAGCAACAUCGUUUCUUUUUUCAUUAAAAAAUUCUAAUUGCCAAAAAUCACGUCCACGCAAGCUUGUCAACGUUUUAAAAGCCUGUUCGUUUCAUUCUCGAUAGAACUGAAGAAAUGAUGCUACGUUCUUAUCGAUCGGUAAUAAUCAAUCAAAGAGAUUCUUUUCCUCAAGCACUUUUUAACGACAAGCUCAGUGAAGUGCAAUCAAUCGAUAGACACGAGAGAUCGCAAAGAUUGUCGAGUUGCGUUUUCCAGACAACUCGUGCGGCAACGAAACAGUUGAAAAUUCAAACAGACACGAAUAGAUGAAAAUUAAAAAAAAAAGAGGAAGAGAAAUGAAGGGAUGGAGGGAAAUCGGGAAAGAACAAUGUAACUCUCUAUAAAGUAAAGUAACUCGAUUACUCUACCAAGGUUGAAUUUCCAAUAAGCAUCAGACGUACACGUUCACUGCUUUCGACUAAACACAGUUACUGCAUCCCUCUGUACAUGGGAAAUUUUCUGCAAGCAUGAAACUCCGCGUGCUUCGGUUCCACUAAACGCAGAUCGCUUAACCCAAUAUGAACGUGAAGCAUUUGUUUCUUUAUGCAUUCGUUAUUUAGUGUAUCAUUGUCUAGCAAAAAAAAAAAAAAGAUUCUUUACGUAAAAAGAAAGUGGAAUACAGUUUUAAAACGAGCCGAACGUACUACUUUAUUGUAUCGGUAUAAAUGCGUCUGUCGCGUAUGUCAGACGUACGCGUCUGACGCUUAUAGGAGAUCGCGCCUUUAGAUAGCCGAUCGUUAAUUUAUCUUUUAUUUAUAUAGGUGUAGACUAACGUGAGAUUGUUGUAAAUGUUCGAUUUCGUUCCCGCGCGUACUUCUGUCCAUCGAAUCUUAUUGUUUGAUAAAUAGCGCGUAUAAAUUCACUGUGCUCGCUGAGAAAAUAUGGGAAGAAAGCGAAAACGACGCGAAAUGUAAAUGCACGCGUGAAACAGCGAAGAUUCAACGGGGAUCGUUAAUUAGAUCGGCAAAAUAAGUUGUUUUAUCCCGAGAAAUCGGUUGAUCUUAUAAGAAAACGAAGAAUCAAUUUUUUUCUCACGAAUUUUCUAUUUCGAUGUCUAUUGCAAAAAUCGACUCGUGAUAAUCGAGGACGAUUUGUCCUCGAAUGCGAUUUGUUCGUACGUUUUUCGAACGAAUUCGUUUGAACGAAAGAGAAAUCGGGGAUGAGAAGGCAGACAGGAAAUGUGAAGAAUAAAGAAACUUCUUGGGUGAAACGACUUAACGACAUAGAGCGUAAACGUUGAGAGCGCGAAUAUUCUAAGCUGCUCGUAGUUAGAGAAAAAGAAAACAAAGAGAAUUUAAAGUUUUAAUAGAAAACUCGCAGAACGAGUCGAUGCUCGAACGAGCAAGCAGGGGAUGAUAGAUUUAACACUAGAACUAUCAAACUCGUCAGGAUCGUGGAUUUUAGUACUUUUGUCUUUACAAUCUUGUGUUUACAAAAUUUGUUCACUUCCAACAACUUGUAUAUUAGUUUUCUCACUUUUAAAGGCUCAAUUGUGAAUUUUUUCAUUUCUAAAGAAUUGAAACGCUCAUUUUUAUUGAGAUAGAAACAUAAUCUCGUAGAUAUAUCUAUUUACUUUUAUUAUGAAAUUGAAAUGUAUGUAUAUUAGAUUGUAAUGUAUUUAAACACACACAUAAAUCGGUAGUCCUAUUGUUAAAAACGGAUAUUCUCUUUGCUUUUCAAAGAAUCUUGCUUAAACUAAGUCAAGCGAUCCUUUUUGUUGAAAUAUAAUUUAACUAAUUAAUGUAAACACGUCUACUAGAUUUUUAAUCGAUGCAUUUCUUCUAAUUAAACGAAAGUGAAGGAAGCUGACCGAAAUUGACGAAUCGUAAGAAAUUCUAAUUUAUUCCGUACAGUCGUUAUUUAUUUAUUUCUACGGAUUCUCGUCUAUAGACUGCGAAUGUUUAUGCAAAUUAACAUUUUUAUAAAUAUGAUCGAAGGAAGCGAGAAACCUAAAUGAAAAUUAGUUUCAGUCACAAAAUACUACAGAUGACUAUAAGAGAAAAACAUAAAAGUAUAUUUCCCUUGACUUUUUUUAUUUCUUUUGUCACUUACAAUUAGCUAAGAUAGUCAAGUUAAAUUAGAUUCAGAGACGCAAGUUUUCUAACAAUAGGCGUUGAACUUGUGAAAUUUCUAAAGAAUUUUUUAGAUUCAAACGCAUAAAUAUCCACAGUCUGCUCAUCUAUCGUCACGCGAUUGUUCGUCGUUUUAGUAGACACUUUAGGGGAUAAGAUAACACGCGUUACUUGGCAUAAUUUGUUUUAUUGAAACGAGCUCUAAUGACUUCCAACGUGAAGAUCUAUUCCGGUCAUCAAAGUAUUAAGAAAUAAAGGUCGUCGAAUUACAAGAUUCGACGUAAAUGAAUAAAAUAAAAAAGGAAAAGAAAAGAAAAUCGAAGGUUUUCUAGAAGACCAGAGACAGGUUAUUAAAAAACGGCGUUCCUUCUUUGAACUUUGAUUAAAGAAAAGGAAGAAAGAACGUGAACUUAGAUAGAACUAGGCGUACGUACGGACGAAAAUGAAAAAUGUGCGAGAAAUGGAGCGAAAGAAAGUCGUGUAUAUUUGUGUCUGUGUGCAAGAAUUGUGAAAAAGAAAGGAAACGAGAUAGAAUGGUGUAUUCUAAGCGUUGUAAUAAUUAAGGAUGAAAAAAAAAAACGUAAAAAAUAAAAAAGGUAUGAAACAUACGACUGCACUGGAGCGACUCGAGCGAAUCGCGAAAAAUUGGCCGACUUUAUAUCUCGUUUUUCCACUUUAUUUAACUCUUCCGGGCUUCAGGCGUUGACACGCAAUAUUUUAUAAAUAUUUAACAGAUUAGAAUUAAAUUGGAUAAAGUAACAAAUGAGAAUAAAAAAAGGGUGCAAAUCAUGAUGGCAACCGAUUAAAGGUUAUCGGCUGAUUCAUAAAUCGUGUAGCGAAACGAAGUUUUGCAAGCUGGAGAGCGAGACGACGGCGUCACAAUGAUCCUCGAAGAGUUAACUUACAUUUGGUGAUUUCGAAUUCGCUCAGGUCGACCGAUAGGGUUAAGAUGUACUUGGUUACUAUAUCGACGACUAGAAAAAAUAAAAACGUCGGAAAAAGCUCGGAGCGGAUGUUUCGUGCAGACGCAACGGGUUCGAAGACCGGUCGUUUCCAAAGAGCCGCCAGGCGGUGUUUGAAACGUUUAAAACACACCUAGACUUAAAAAAAGAAGAAAAAGAAUUAAUUAGAAAGGUAGAAAUAGUUAAUAAAAGCAAGAAGACGACUUCACUUAAGGCAUGUGUAAAAGACAUGCGAACCCUUGCAAGCUCGCGUAAGAAAAUAACUAUUCGAGAAUAAUAUAUUAUCUUAUCGGAUAAUAUAUUAUACCCUUAUAUGAAAGAUAAUUUAUUAUAUUAAAUAACGUAUUAUUAUAUAAACGGCGAUGAAACGUUGCACCAUGUUGAUCAGCAAUAAAGAAAAUUAGACGAGAACAAGAGAAAAAGAAGAAUCGAGCGUUGCCUGUAUUGCCCGCGGUAAAUACGAAAUGAAAAAUGUGAAUUGUGAGACGUAGACGAGUUAAAAAUUGAAAAAAAAAGAAAGGAGGCAUCGAAAUGAAAAUAAUGAGAUAACGAAUGAAACGGAUGAAAGUGCAAUGUUUUAUUGUUAAACUCGACUCGCGCGAUGCACGGAACGCGCCAAACGAGCGGAAAACACUUUGAGAAAAAAUGUCUUCAUACUAUUUGCAUAUUGCUUUAUUGUUAUACGAACAUUGUAACGAUACAUUAUGAUUAAAAGUAAAGGAAUAUUAACCCGGCGGUAUCCAUCGAUUCUACCGGCGGUUUUAAGCCGUGUCCAAGAAAUUACUGUGUGUAUUUUGCCGAAAUAUUUUUCACGCGAAGAUACAAGGCUUGACUUUUGUCUCUCAACACUUUCACACUGUCGACUGUUCACACAUUCUUCUCCAUUCUGGUAUUCAAAUAAUCUUUAAAAUCUGUUUACUGAUCGUCUUCUUUUAAUGAAGCUGCAAGAUUUAAAAUUUUAUGUAUGAAAACGUAAUUUCACUUUGAAUUUUUAAACUUAUAUUUGAAUAAAAAUGUUUUAAAAAUUAGGGAGUCGAUACUGUAAGAACGACUUCUGAAAAAUUAAUUUUAUUUGAAUGAAGAAAUAAAAGUCGGAAGAAGGAUAUAUGCAGAGUGUGAGAAGUACGAACCUCGUGAACCUUCGUCAGGAAUUCCCUCAAAUGACUGCACUGGUUAUGCCCACGCAUAGAAAUUUGCCGCUUCCCCGAGAGGACUCGCUUUAAAACCGCCAGUACGUAAUUCUAGCUAUUACGCGAGAUACGUUCACAUAUUUACAAAGGUGGAGCAUUUUAAUUCAUAGGUAAAAACGGAAACGUUUUACUUUCCCUUCUUUUUCUACGUACUUUGUAUAUUCCCAGAAUAACCAUCCAUUUAGAACGACGGUAUGUAAUUAUGGACUAAAAAAAAGAAAAAGAA